CUUCUGAAUUGCCCUGCUUUAACGAUUGAACGAAGUUUUUUUUUACAGCAAGGUCACAUAUGCAGUUAUCAUCACAGUUUAAAAGAAUAGUGACAUCUUUGCACAGAUGUCUUCGUCGUUUUCUGAAGACUCGAAUAACCAAAAGCGAAACCCCCGAGUGGCAUUUAGUAAAGAAGAAUUAGACUUGUGGGCUGAAUGUCGUCAUGAAAGUUUUUGGUAUAGAUGUCUUCCGUUCUCUGUAGGAGGUGUGCUAGCAGUGCAUACUCUGACAACUAUAGGAAUAUUGAAACCACAUCCACGAUAUGGAGCUCUCUUUAAAAAUAUGGGAGUUGUUUUGUUAGGUUUUUUCGCUGGAAAAGCAUCUUACAUGGAAACAUGCAAAGAUAAGUUUAGGCAGAGACUUCCAAAUAGUAGAAUGACUAAUUUGUUAUCAGGUCGAGGAUUUAACUCUGAACAGAAUGCAGACAUGACAGCCCCUGCAGAAGUGAACAAACCUGAGGAAGAUAAACCACUAAGAGAAACUUAUAGUAGUUUGGACCUGAAUGAUCAGUAUUUAGAAAACCAACCAGUACCAUCUACAGAUGACAUCAAUACAAGAAUUGACAGUAAUAAAAAGCCUACGCUUACUUAUGACGAAUUACGAGCUAAGAAUCGAGCUGAUGCAAAGAACGACACUCAUCUUUUUGCUCACCCAUGGAUUAAAGAACCAGAGAGUGAACCAGAACCAACCAAAUCACAUUAUCAAUCUAUAUUAGACAAUAACAAAAAAAAUUAUAGUGGUCAGAAAAAGAAUCAAUAUGGUGAUGUAUUGGAUUCAUAGAGAUUGGUGUUUUUGUAGUAUUAGUUAAUAAUAAUGUACAUAAUAAUGUUUAGGUUUAUAUUAAACAAAUUUAUAAAGUAUCGGAUGAAAUAAUAUAAUGAAUGUAUAGCUAAA